UCUACUGUAUAGGAAGGACUAAAGGAAACCAAUUCCAAAAUGGAGGAUAGAAUAGUGGAUAAAUUGGAUGAAAAAAUGGAUGCUUCAGAUUUGUCCAACGUCAUGGAGAAUGAGGAUGUUAAUCCUGAGGUUAUUAAGACUGGGGAAACAAAAGUUGCAAGGGGAACAGAGACUUUGAAUUAUGAUAUGAAAAAUAGCUCGUUUAGUCCAUCAAUGACCCGAACCACAUCUGAUGGAACGGUAACUUUAAAACAAAUACGAGCAUUUCAAUCAAAUAACCCUGGAUUUUCUUCAGCGAACUGUUCGUCUCCAGUUCAUACGAAAGCAGAAGAACCAGGACUUGGGUUAACGCCCAUGAAUAGCCGGGAUUACAGCAAUAAAAUUGCGAAUCGCUAUAAAUUAUAAAUGAGUUCAAUCCUCAUGUAUUAAUAAUGCCAGUUUCGCGAUUAUUUUUUGCUUAAUGUAAUUAGCAAUUUCAUUUGCUACGUUUCAAUGCUUUAAAAGAACGUUAAAUAUGAUUGCUUUUACGAGUUUUCCAUGACUCGGUGGCUAGAAGGAGCUGUCGUUGAUCUCGUCAAGUUUAUAUGGAUGUUUAAAGUUGGUCUAUUCUUUGCGCUUUCUUCGUAGGAUAAUAGGGCUUUAAGGAAUGGUCAUUUAACAUGUACUGUAUGGAAUGAUUGUUCUUUAUAUGAAUACAGAGCUCUCCUAACUAACGUUUAUGGCAUAAUGAUGGUAUGCAUGAUAUGAAUUAAUGAAUAUAGUAAUGAGCAAAUAAUAUUUAAGAACACGGCACUUGAGAAAAACUCUAUGCUUUCUUUUGGAAAAAUAUCAUCUAUGCUUCUCUGCUUACUUUGCCGCUUUUUUUCGUUUUUCAUGACUUUUUAACAACGAGAAAAAUGAUAUCUUUCAUUGAGUUGAAACUAGAUACAAAUCAUUAAAUCAUUGCUAAAGUAAAUGUUUUCUGUAUUUUUAUGAAUUUUUAAUGUAACGAAAAUAAAAUCUACUCUUUCUUACGAUUCCAAA